CAUCUACCUCGGCGCUUGACAGCUUAUUUUCGGCGCCGCUCUUCGAUUUUGCGCUCCUUCAUCAAAGCAAACUUCUUCCAAUCUCACUUUUCUGUCUUCAGGAACCUCUCAACCCGUCUCCUCAAUUAAUUGUAUCUUUUUCUGAACGAAAACAAUCAAGUCCAAGCAAGACGAUGAGCUCCUCCAGUAUCAAAAGUCAAGAAAUGCGUCGUGUUGUGAGCGCUCCCGAGUUGCGAGACCUUGAAAAGCAACGACAACCCAAGCGUCUCUCGUUUGGCACCAUUGAAGUCCGAUCGUACGAGGUGGUGCGGGGACACCCCGAGAUUGAAAUGGCACACCCACUCAGUUUGGGUUGGGAAUGUGUCCAGAAACCCAAGGUUCUCUCGGUGGAUGACUACGAAACGACGCGACCACCCCGUGUCACCAGUGCCAAUCAGUUGCGCACCAAUGUGGAAGAACGAUCCAAGAUCCUCAAGAAAUCCCAACGUCGCAGCGGUAGCAAGCGUCGCAACAGUCUCUCUUCCUUGAUUGUCAAGUGCAACCUCUUUCCCAUGCGCUCUCUCCUGACUGUUGGUGGCACCAACUAAAAUUUGCAGUGCAUCUAUCUGCCCUCCUCCUACCAAGUCCCAAAAUUUUUAUCCCUGAACAAACCUACACAUUACAUUCCAAUUUUAGAUCUCUCUCCCUCCUCUCCAAUCUCCUGAACAAAUCUUGACUGUGAAACUGAACAUAAUACUAUACAUACAUACUGUAAAACACUGUAAAUACCUCUUGACUCUC